GAAGGGGAAUUGCAAACAAAAAUUGCGUCACAGGAGAACUGCGCAAGCUAUUGAAAGAAACGACAUUCUUCGAGCAAUUUGUGAAAAACAAACUCUGUAAAGAUGGUGAAAAUCGCCUUCAACUCUCUGCUGGCACACAAAGGCAUUGUAAAAGAUGGCGAGGCGCAGGUUGCUGAAAAGGAUCCAGAAAUUGCAUCUGUGUACACCAAUGAGCACUCCACUGGGAGAUGCUUGUUGACCCUGCUUGGGCUUGCAUUUAUCUUAACUGGACUUAUUGUUGGUGGUGCCUGCAUCUACAGGUACUUCAUUCCCAAGCAUAAGUUGUACCAUGGAGGAAUGCACUUCACUGAAAUGGACAGCAAUAUUUUGCCAGAACCUAUGGAAACCAGGGAGCCCUAUUACCUGCCCAGGAUUGAUGAGAAUAUUGAGAUCAGGGACAACGUGGCCAUUAUCAACGUUCCUGUUCCAGAGUUUGCUGAAACAGACCCAGCAGCCAUUCUCCACGAUUUUGAUCGGAAACUGACUGCCUAUCUGGAUCUGCAGCUAGACACUUGCUAUGUGAUUCCAUUGAACACCUCUGUCGUUAUGCCUCCUCGGGAUUUGUUGGACCUCUUUCUACAAUUAAUGACUGCUUCGUACAACACGUACUUGAUUCACGAGGACCUGGUAGUGACCGAACGAAUUGAUGACGUUUCAGAACUGGGUUCCUAUAUCUAUGAGCUCUGUGAGGGCAAGGACACUUACAGAAUGCAGCGCAGGAGUGACAUCAUAGGUAUCCAGAAGCGCUCACUCGGAAAUUGUUUCAAGAUCAGGCAUUUCGAGAACAAGUUUGUUACUGAAACCAGAAUCUGCAGAGCCUGAGUGAAGCAGACCGGAGGAAAGAAGGUUCCGUCUGCUUAGCUGGAGGGGGAAGGGAGUGGAAUGAAGACGGGGAGGGUGGGUCUGGGCAUAGUGUCAAAAUCUGCUUUAAGCUGAAAAGCAGUGUCAUUUUUGUGCAUAUAGUUAACCUAAGUUCUUCAACCCUGCUACUUGUUUACUGAAAUUCAGUGGAUAAACAGGAGAUUUUUUUCCAGUUUGUAUUUACUCUCAGUUCGGGCUUGUUUAAUUUUAUAGUGGUGAGAGGGGUCAACCUUUUUUGUUUCUGUUAAGUGUUUUUGUAGCAGUGAAUAAGAUUUUUGUUGUGUUCAUUUUCUCACAUUUUCAUAGCAUUUCAAAAUUAUUAGCGCUGUCUUCAUUUUAUAUAGUAACUUUCAAGUUUAUAAAAACAAAUUGCUUGGCUUUUACGGUUCAGAAAAUGACCUGAUAUUUAAAUGUUGGUAAUAGAGAAGUUAGGGAGAUUGUGUUUGCUUCCCCAACAGGUUCAGUUAUAUAUAACUUUUUUUUUUUUUUUUUUUUUUUUUUAGGAGUGGAGCAGUGUAAAAGGUUACUGUAGAUAAUACUAUCUUGGAGUAUAUUAGAGUGAAAAUAUUUAGCUUGAGUCCCAAAAAUGUCCUAAGCAUGUUGUAUAUCACAUGUGCCUUCUGUAGCAGGAUUUAGAUUUUUCUCUCUUAUAACUUUGAAAAGAACUGCUAUACUUGUAUUAACAUUAUUUUGUUAAAAUAAACAAUCAGAUGAAAUAGAAUUGUAAGACAAUAAAAUGCUGUGUACUUUCAGUUCAGUCUUAUGAAAUUUAAAUUCAGCAGACAUGGUUGUGUGGCUUCUGGUUGAAGGUGUAUAUAUGUGUAAUUGAAAGGGGCCGUAGCAAACUAGUGUCUUUGUAGUUGUUCAAAUUCAUUGGCAUGUAUGUUAAUGAGAAAAUACUAGCUUUAGCAGUGAAAAUAGUCUUAACUGUUUUACUAGAUCUACUAAUUACAAGACUAUAUGUACAACUCCAUUUUUUGAUUAUCGAUUUCUGUUCCACUCUGUAAACUGUAAUGUAAAUGUUCACUGCUUCUGCAGUUAAACAAAUAGGCAAAUGCCAGGGGUAACAGUACACAUCCUGCUAUGAAAGCCUGUCAUUUUAAAGACCAGUUGACUACAUUGCUACCUUUUAUUAGUUGGGAGACUUGUUGCUUAAGUCUUACAGGUCUUGCACACAAACUAUUUAGAAACAUGGGGCUAUGUUUAUUAUCUGUACCACUUUAGUGUUUCUGAGUGCUGUUAUGUUUAAAGUAUGAUAUGGCCCUAUUUUGAAACAUUUUACCACCCUUUGGAUAGGGAACAGGAACUCUAAGCAAUGUGAGAAGUGCAUCUUCAGUGGAAGCUCACCUUUUAUAAAGAAAUAGUCCAUAUGUCCAUCUGGACCACUUCAUUUUUGUCUGGAAAAGGGUCUUUGUAGGCCGUGCCCAUUGUGAUAUGUAAGGCUUGAAUGCAAAAUGCCAGUGCAAUUGAAGCAAUUGCCUGUUGUGCAUUAAGAGGAUUGGUAAAUGUCGAUUUGAUAUAAAGCAGUGGUACUGUCUGUAGCACUAAGCUACUAAGAUGGCAUUUUCCUUUUCCUGUCUGUUCUGGUUAAUCACUAAAACUGGCAUCUGCACAGCAUGAGUUGGUAUGUGUUUUAUUGCUACUGCUAAGAGCCUUUUUAAAUGGCGUUUAAUUUAACAUUCAGAAAUCAAAGUAGUCUGUUGUGCAAGGAUGAACAAUCAGUAAAGAGGGUUUAAACUGAAUGUCUUGCCUGUGUUUGAAGAAAUAAAGGAAAAGUACACAAGGAUACGGCUGUGUAAGACAUCACUUUGUAAUUGUACAUUUACAAAUAAAAAAUAAAUAAAUAAAAAAAAAAACUUCUAAAACC